AUGGUAGAUGAAACGGUUGAUGGCAUCGAAGCCAAGUACGUCUCUGGUCUCAGCGCCGUGAUGGUUGCCACAAUCCAAGAAGCCAAAGACAGAAUUUCCCAGAUCGAGUACAUAUUUUGUAGCCAGCUAUUCCCAAAUUUCCAAUCCAAAUCCAAAACCUUCGAAAAAGUUUACUCAGAGGCCCGAUUAGCUGCUUCUAAUGCCUGGAACGAGAGAGAGAAAGCUCUGUUAUCCGAGAUCGAGGAGCUUAAGCUAGAGAAUCAACGCGUUAAUUCUGAGAAUCUCAAGUCGAAGAAUAGAUCUGACCAAGUUCAGAAUAGCAUAGAGCUUCACCAUAGCUUAGUUUCUGUGUUAAAGGUUAAGGGCUCGGAUGUGCUCAGCAGAGAUGGGAUAAAUAUGAUUCUCUCGGAAGUGAAGAGCCUUAAGGUAAAAGCAGAGUUUCUUCAAGAGGAACUUUCCAAGAAAGCAUUGGUGACUGAGAAUCUGCUGAAGAAAGUAGAGCAUUUGUCUACAGAAGCUGCAGACAGCGAAAGGAAGCUAAGUAGCUCUGAAGAAGAGAAACAAAGAUUGACAACUAGGUUGCUGGUUUUUGAGGAGAAUGUAGGUAGACUUGAAGAGCUACAUAGGCAGAAAAAUGACGAGCUUGAGGUUUUGCAGUGUAAACUCAAUUUGACAGAGAAGGAAAUGUUGGAGUGUAAACAGAAGAUUGCAGAUCAUGAGAAAGAACUUGAUGGUAUGCAUAUGCAGGUCAAACAUGGAAGCUACUUGCCUGAGCUAGAAGCUCUGCGUCGCCAGAGUGAGGAGAAAUCAUUUGAGUUAGCUAUGGAGAUAAAGAAAAGAAAAGACUCGCUCACUGCUUACAAAAAGCUGAAGUCCCAAUAUAACUUUCUCUGCAAAAAGUUCGGUCUUACUACUGACAGUGCUCUCAACCAAAGCCACCUUGAAGAUGAGACUAACUCAAUGGAACAACAUGAGAGACCGGCCAUCUCGAUUACUCUUGAAAGGAAACACCAAGAAGCAGACAAAGCGAGAGUUGGUACUGGCUCGAGUGGUGAGAAGCAGAGUAUAAUCAAAACGGUGCAGACGCCUAUUACUUCCAUAUCACCCAUGUUGCAAUCACCUGGUGUUAGAGGUGACUCUUCUGGUACAAAAUCUUUACAGCUAAGCGGUUUAAAACGUCCAGCUUCCAUUUGGAGAGACACAAGGUCUCGUCAAUCACCUGGUGGCCAUGAUCCUCAUGAUGAUUUUCUAGAUACUCCCAUCGAAAACGUCAAGAGGGUCGUCGCUGGGGAAGCAAAACAUGUUCACGAUGCUGCUAACAAGGAUGAUUCAGACGACGAGACACAGGACAUGAAUCCUAAACCGAGUCCAUCGAGGCAGCGAAUUCAAGUGGCGGAAACGAGUAGAAAAAGUUUCAAGCAUGUGGAGCCAGUGAGGAAGAAAGCUGAUCGGGAGAAUUUGAAAGGGAUAGAGUGUAAGCAAUGCAAGAAGUUCUACGAUGCUGUUCUUCCUGAGAAUGAAGGAAAUGGUAAAAGCAUGAGAUGUGAGCAUCAUGAAGGUGUAUCGAGGCAUCGCUACAAAUAUGCUCCUCCAAUGACUCCUGAAGGAUUCUGGAACAUUGGGUUUGAAUCCGAAAUGUGA